AUGCAUUUAAGAAUUCAUUAUGUUAAUACAGGUACAGUGAAAGAGUCUGGUGAGAAACAUAAGGGAUCUGUUGAAAUUCCUAACCUGUCAGAAGAAAAUGAGGUAGAUGAUACAGAGAUAAACGUUAGCAAAAAGAAAGGUGAAGGCGAUGUUCUGAAGGACCUUAUGAGAACUGAAGGAACCACAAAAGUCAGAGAGGCCCUGAGAGAUUAUCUGAAAGCACUUAAAACAGAGUUUACCUUGGGAAUGAUUCUGCCAACAAAAGCUACUGUUGGGCAGGAGCUGGCUGCUGAGCGAAAACUAAGUGGGAACACCGUGCAAGAUUCUGUUUCACCACAGCCUUUGGAUAUACUUGGUGUAAAAAUUCCAACAGUGAAGAUAUUUAUGAGAGAAAUCUUCAACUCUCCAGCGGACGAACUUUAUAGUGUCUUCACAACUAAGGAACUGGUACAGAAGUUUUCUAAAUGUCCUGCCGUGAUUGAGGCUGAGAAAGGAGGCAAACUUCAGAUGUUUGAUGGCUGUGUCAGCGGUGAAUAUGCAGAAUUGGUCCCGAGCCAGAGAAUUGUCCUGAAGUGGAGGUGUAGAAGCUGGCCUGACGAACAUUAUGCAACAGUUGCUUUGAAUUUCAAGGAUCUGGCUGCUCAAACAGAACUGCAGUUAGAGUGCAAAGGAGUUCCCGUCUCUAACGAAGAUAGUACAAGACAAUGCUGGAAGAAGCAGUAUUUUGAAGAAAUACGUAUUUUACUGCAGCAAUCCAAAGACAACAUGGAAUGAUAACAGCACUGUAGUUUUGUUAGGGCAUUACUUUUUAUACUUUGGUACCAUUUGGUUUUUUAAAAAAAGUUAUUUAUUUGUGGGAAGAAUAAAGGCCCACUUCUAUGAUACUGUA